CAACCACGAAUCUUAGUGCAAUUUCGGAGCAGUGUAUUUAUAGAACAACACAAAUUAGUGAGGUAAUGCGAAGUAAAAUGAAAAUGACACAUAAUUUUAAGUUAAAAAAGAAGAAGAAUGGAUUGUAUUUGCAUUCUCCUGAUUUCUCUGCAGUUACUGCAUCAAGGAUGCUAAAGGAUAUAUACUCAACUCAACUUCACACUAACAGGCUGAAAUCUAUGUAAGAUAUUCUGUUUUGCAAAAUAUCUCAAUCUCAGAUAUGAUAGAAGAUGUCUGAUAAGGUCUGAUCUUCGACUGAGCCAUUCCCAUCCCAUUGUUCCUCUGUAGGCAUGUUUAAGAUUGUUGUCGUGCUGGGAGGUGGACCUGUCUGCAGCACGAUGCUGCCACAACCAUGUUUUGGAGUGAGAAACUGAUGAGCAGUUUUCGUAUUCUGCCAAGCAUAGUGUUCAGCAUUUCGUUGAAUCUGAGCAUUUUUUCCAAAUGUUUGCAGCGUUCCCUAGACAACCUGUUCUCUAGACUCCUGUAACUUAUUGUUGCCACUCCUCCAUAAAGGCAAUUUUUGUGGACUUAUUAGUGGAUUGAGAGGCCAAUAGUUUAAAUUGUGGAUUUUUGCAGCUGCUGCCGAUUUACUACUGACAUCUUGGCUACUUAUCUGAUUCAUAUUCUCCUUGCUAUGCUUGUCAGUUUAGGUAGACGUCUACCUCUUGGCAUGUUUGCAUUUAAGAUGUUUAGAGCUUGACAUAUAUAACCCUUCCUCAAGCUGCUCUUCUGUCCUUAUGAAGCGUUUUUUUCGCUGACGUUGUCUCACAAAAAUUCAAGAGCCUCACAAAACAGCUGGUCUUCGGUGCCUUCUAAAGGUCAUUGGUUGAACUGGCUUUUGUUUAGGGGAUCUUAGAGUGAAGAGACUUGGAUACAAAUGCACGGCACACCUUUUCAGGUUUUUAUUUGAUAAACAAAUCAAAAGCCAUAUAACUUGUAUCUUCCUCAUCAAAAUUAGGCACUAGGUGGUGUCACAAAAAAUUAAAACCGUUUGACCCAUAAGAAACUAAGUCGAGCUUAUAUCAGAGGAUAUAAGUCGCAAAAAUAUAUGAAUGUAGAUCUAUGCAUUCUGGCGAACACUGACCCACGUUGUUUGUCUUGCUAAAAUCUAACGUUUGCUAUCUGCUGCAAUGACGUGAAAAAGUGUUACUGUUUGCCAGAACACCUUUGUGUUUCAAAAUUGAGGAUGACAGGAUAUUUAAUAUAACUUUCAUCUGUUCAGGUGACUGUGGGUUUUUAAAAUUCACUUUUUCCUUUUGUUUUUCAUUGUCUUCCAGGUUAAAAUGUCAAAAAGGAGCGACUUAUCUUCCCUUUCUUCACUGUUUCACAGCAUGGAAGGAUGUUUGUGCAAAUGUUUCCAUUACUGAUUAGAGCGCAGCGGAAAGAAACUUAUUCCAAAGGCAACGUGUUUUGAGUGUCAUUAAAAUGCUCCUUUUUCCGGUUGAAUCUGCAAGCAGUUCCAGUUACUUGUCUGAGUCACAUGAGCUCCUUUUCGUCUCGAGGAGGUCGAACAACUUUCGGGGCGAAAGGUAACAAAGACUGGUGGAGACUGUGUCAGAGCUCAGCAGAUCGGGGUGUCCAUCUUUUGGCUCUCUUAUAAAUCUAAACAGGCAGCGUCACAGAAGAUCCUUGAGACCAUUAUAAAGACAGGAAUAGCAAGGGCGGACGGUCUGCCAGGUUACAAACUUGCAAAGCACGAACUGGGCACAUAUAAACACAGGGGACAAGGGAGCUUCGCUUUUAGCAACAAUACAGGUCCUGUUCAGUGUUUAUUAAAUUGCUAAGGAGGAGCAGGAGCAAAUUCCACAAAGGGAUGAGUGUGCAAAAACAUCAGGAUGCUUUCAGUCUUGAGUGUUUGUCACUGAGCGGCUGAAGAGACUUUUACAGGAUCAUGUAAAAUAAAUAACCUGCUGACACCGUCCUGGAUCUUCGAAGACAUGCUGAGUGUAUUCAGGAAAAAAAAAAAAAAAGAACAAUAUGUUUGAACAGUUCAGGUCCUCUUCCUCCGGUCUUUCCUCGAUGUGUUUUCUAUCCAGUAACUGCACUGAGAGGGGUCCAGUACGUUUCACACAACGCUCCCCAUUGUUCCCGUCUCAAGCCCAGCAUUGUGGGAAGAAGAGUUAGAUAGGAGGCGGAGAGUUGUGUCAGGUUUCUGCGGAGAGGAUGGAGUGCUUUCUGUUUCCUGUUUUUGCUGCAUGGCCUUUCCUGUUCAGGAAAAAAGGUAUCUGAAUCUUCGGUAUGCCGCCUCCAGGUCCCCCGCCGCCUCCACCGCCUCCACCCGGCCCCCCGCCACCGCCUCCUCCCUCCGCCCCCCUGCCACAGUUCCCUUUGGAGCCUCCUCAGCUCCAGUCUGGCGGAGGAGGAGGUGGAAGAAAUGCUCUGUUGGCCGACAUCCAGAAAGGCGCCAAACUCAGGAAAGUCACACAGGUCAACGACCGGAGUGCCCCUGCAGUUGAUAAGUCCAAGACUAACACAGGAGAUGUUGGCUCUUCUCAAAACCAAUCAGCUGGGAUUGGUCCCACAGGACCCUCUCUAGGUGGAUUGUUUGCUGCGGGGUUUCCCACUCUCAGGCCUAUUGGUCAUAGAGACUUACCAAGCAAGACCAAAGUGUCUCGGUCGAGCUCCUCUGCCUCCUUGAGGCCGCAGUGGAACCCUCCUACAUCGGCGGACUCAAGCAGCCUUCCAGAGUCUCCCAAGACGGCAGAGAUCCAAAGCUCCUUCCAACGUCUUCUCACUUCCUCCGCCUCUGCUCCACCCUCCCCCUCUCAUGGCAGCAAGCACCCACCACCUUUCCAGGCGUCCUCACCUCCGACGCCUCCGCCCGCCCCUCCCUCUGUGCCUCCCCCUCCUCCGCCGCCUCAAGCCGAACGACCAGCCAACAAGCCCCCUUCCCUUUUCUCCUGCCUGCCUCCUCCCCCUCCGUCCCAGGUCACCAGGCCAACAUGGCUACCUGUUCAGCAUUCUCACCACACAUCCUUGCCCCAGCCAUCAACUCCUCCUCCUCCACCUCCCCCUCUCACUCACCCGCCUCCUUCAUCCAUCUCAGACCGCUCGUCAGGUCACUUCUUCUACUCUCCGCCUCCCUUCUCUGAACCGUCCAGGUUCCCCAUUCUGCGUGAUAGCCCCCUGGGACCCCCUCCUCCUCCUCCUCCGCCUCCUCCUCCACCUUUGCCGACGUCCUUCACGCCAAGCUGCCCAACCACCCUUCCACCACCGCCACCCAAAGUGGCCCCGGUGCCCUCGCCAGCCAUGCGCUCGCUGCCACCAUCAUACCCUUGCAACGUUCCCACUCGGCGCCCGCCGGCUGUGCCCAGAAGUUUAGGUGUGGGUCGGCUGCUGGCUCCUCCACCGGCUCCUCCGGCACGUUCCCCCACCACAGAGUUGUCCACCCGCAUUCUUCCCCCUCCGCCUCCUCCCCCUCCACCUCCAUUCAGCCUUAGGAAUGGACACCUCCACAGUCUGGUAGACGACUUUGAAUCCAAGUUCCAGUUCCACCCUGUAGAAGACCUCCCGCCGCCCGAUGAAUUCAGGCCUUUCUCUCGUGUCUACCCAAGCAAAGAACACAGAGUGAACCCAAAGCCAUCUGGGAUCAGGACACACCUCAGAUGAGUCACUGAACCUCCAACUUCUUUCUCACUCGAAGAACACUGCUCCUCGGUCGGCCGUCUGACGGCUCCAGACACUCACAAAAUGGACACAGAGACUCGUUUAUCCUUGGUGUGUUUGCGUGAGCGCGAGUGUCAAACAGGGUCCAGCCUUAUUCUGACUGUGCGCCCUCUGACCUUUUUCAGCUCGGAAUGUUUUCAAUGUGUGUGAGGAGGAGGGCUCGACAGACUAGAUACAGUCUCUACACACUAAGUCGCGGGACACAGUCUUCCAUCACUUUCUUUUUUUAAAUAUAUAUUUUUACAUUUAUAUCGAUUCACACACUAAUGGAAGGACUGAAAAGUUUGAUUUUUGUCAUCUUGUGUUACCUCAACUCUAUAUUGUUUACUACAUUAAUAGCCGCAACUUUUUAAAGACAUACAAAGUUGUCUUUGUCUAAGAGUUACGCUGCAUUUAAGUUGAACUUUAAGUAGAAUUUUGUAAAUUUCAUUUUCUUGUCAUCUCUAAAUGGUCAAGCAACACACACGCACACACACAUUCUAGUGGAUGUGCUGAAUUUUGGAGUAAAAAACAAGGUUCCAUGUACAUCCUUUAUGAUUUAUUUAGUCUUACCUGUUUGCUUGGUAGUUUUUACAUACAGCAUAGCGGUGCUCGUUUGUGUUAAUGUGACUUUUAUUUUUAGAGAAAUUGAUGAGACUGACAGGCAAGGAUGGACU